AUGAGAGGCGGUCCUGUUGGAGAACGGCAGAGACGAACGCAUAAGAAGAGUCGCGGUGGUUGCGAUCAAUGCAAGAAGAGACAUUAUAAGUGUGACGAAGGAAAGCCAUCGUGUGGAGGAUGUACCAAGAGAAAAGUUGAAUGUAGCUUUUCCACAGUUGGAAGCCCAGCUUCGGAUGUGUCUGUCAACACUCGGGUGUUCAACGCAAUUUCACACAACAUCGCCGACCACAAUGGAGAUCCGGAACAGCCUCUACCUAUGGCGGAUUUUGAGCUACUUCAUCAAUCCAUCACGAGUACUGCCUACACCAUCACACCAGAAGCCAAACCAAACAAGGAAGAAAGUGCCAUGGGUCUUCGCUUUCCUUAUCUGAUGCAUUCAAAUUUGGCUUUGGCAGCGCUGCAUCUGUAUUCCGAACAGCCUCAUCGACUGGAACUUUUGUCUCGAGCAGCUAAUCAUCAGCACGCUGCGUUGGCCCUUGUACGACCUCAUAUUAUUGAAUCGUCACCUGAGCACAGCCAACCGAUAUUAGGAUUCGCCGCGAUUACUUCCAUCUUUGCACUGGCAGAGCCAGCUUAUGACCCACGAGGCCUUGGUCUGGUACGUGAUCCAGUCGAAGAACUGCUCAAUUCGUUUCAUCUUGGAAGAGGAAUCAAGACCAUUCUUACGCAGAAAUGGGAGGUGCUCCGAGAGAAAGAAUCAAUCCAGAAGGUCGCUGUGCUCCCGGACCAUACGGCGCUCAUAGCAACACUAGGCGAGACCUACCCUGCAUAUUCGAAUCUUCAAGAUACCAUAAAUCAGCACUGCCAGGGUGAUGAAGCAUCAGCUUGUCUGCAGGCUGCUGAGAGGGUGUUCUUCUACAUGGCCAUCAUGGAAACGCAUCCAGAGGAAGUCCCAGGCCCAAUGUACGUCCAAAUGUGGCCCAUAAACGUGAGCUCGCUUUUCCUCGAUAUGCUCGCAGACCGUCAUCCGAUCUCUCUCGUUGUCUUGGCCCACUACGCAGCGCUCAUGAGGUUGAGGUCGAACACUUGGUGGCUGCAAAGAUGGCCUUCGGCCCUGUUGCAACAUGUAGCUGCAACACUGGAUGUCGUGCUACUACCAAGCCUUGACUGGCCUAGACAGAAAAUCUUUCUACUAGAUCAGGCUCUUCCGUCUCCCGUGGAGAUGAUAAACACCUGA